UUUAAUCCAUUAUAUUAUUUGUACAGAGCGUUUUGUGUGAAUUGUCUCCGAACUGUUAUGUAUUGGUUUUAGUUUAGUAUAAUAACGCUAUGUCAUGGAAACGCCGAAGCAAAACGGAUCGGAAGUACAAAUUGAAGUUAUGAACAAAGAUGACGUUGCUGAUGACGACAUUAUUCAAGUAAAAGAUUCGGAACAAAAUAAUGGUGACGUAGACGCGGAAAACUAUGUUGAUUUGGAUCAAAAGUCGCUGGCGAACCGAUUAUGUCGAUCUGAAAAAUAUUGCAACUCUCCCAUCAUUCACAGACGAAGCAGAAUCGAUGAAAUUUUAAGUAUUCCUGAUGUAGCAGCCGCUUUGCACGAAGAAGAAUUUACCUCUCUCGUCCGUAAUAAAGAUCAAAAAAUUGCAAAUCGACCGCCAUCACCUGCUUUUCUGAAACAUGAAUCGCCCACUUGUGAAGAAGAUCAGUCUCCCAUCAAUCGUUUCGAUUUUAAUUUUCGAGGAAGUGAAACAGAAAGUGUAGAGGCGUCGGUGGUUGGUAUUGAAGACGACAAAAACUCCUGCGAAUCGUCGUCGUCUUCAGAAAGUAACCGUAGUAGCGCAAGUGACUCGUCUUUAGUAGUAAUUAAAGAUAAACAAAAUCCACCUAAUCCGGUGGUUACUGAUAACGUUGCUCCGUCUCAAGAUGCAGGCGACGUGUAUGAACUCAUAGCCGAUAGCUUAGGUCCGUUGAAAACCGCACUUGUGCCCGACAAGGAAAGUACAUUAGUUGGUCGUAGACUGAGUACUUCGUCUAACGGAGGUCGUCAAAAUGGCAGCGAUUCAUCUUCUAAGGAAGACUCGGAAAAUGCAUCGCCGCCUUCCUCGGUAAUGGAAGAGGAACCACACAUUGAGGAUUACUUCGAUACCUAUAAUAGGCCGACACUGAACGAACGAAGAAUGCUGAGAAAAUCUGGACUUUUUAAAAAUAAAAGCGAAUCGCAAGCUACAGUGUUAACAUGGCGAUCUUUAGCAAGGGCAAUACAACGUGUUAGGAGAUUUAAUUCACUUGGUGAGCAGUAUGAAGAUGCCUGUGAAUUACCGGAAUUGACGCCCAUUCUAAAGGAUCCAGCCUCAAAACCAACUCUUCGUAAGAAGACAGUAUCAUUCAGUCGAUUACCGAGUGAAGCCCCAGUCAAGAAUGCAGCAGACUGUGUCAGCAUGAUGCAGGGCGGACAUCAGUUUGUGAAAAUGAGAUCAAAUGCUCGGAUAUAUAAUCGUUUCUAUUGGUUCGAUGUUACAACAAGUUCAUUACGCUGGGAACCAUCAAAGAAAGAUUCAGGAAAAGCAAAAAUAGAUAUUUCAUCUAUUAAAGAGGUUCGUCCAGGAAAAGCGACAGAAUUAUUUUUAUCAUCUGAUAUAUCAUCACAUUUCCCAGAAGAAUGUGCUUUCUCUAUUAUUUACUCAGAUUAUAAAAAUUUGGAUCUUAUUGCUGGAUCAGUCGAUGAAGCGAACAUAUGGAUAACAGGUUUACGUUGUCUGCUAGCUGGUCAAGAUCCUGAAGAAUUACAGACCCGUCCUGACACAAGAGAUGUUUGGUUGAGUUCUGUGUUUGAAUCUGCUGAUAUCAAUGGAGAUGGUUAUUUAGAUGAAGAAGAAUCAUUAGAACUAUUGAAGAGAUUAAGUGACGGAAUAAGAGAAACUCGAAUCAAACAAAAACUCACAGAAUUUUUAAGAUUCAAAGACAGAGAUCGGACAAGACUUACGAAAGAUGAAUUUGUUGAAUUGUUCAAGGACGUGACAACAAGGCCAGAAAUCUACUUUUUGUUGGCGAGACAUGCAAGCAAAGACGACAGGCUGUCAGUCGAUGAUUUAAUGCUGUUUUUGGAAUCAGACCAAGGCCUAACUGAUGUUACGAAAGAGGUGUGUUUGGACCUGAUUGAACGAUACGAACCUUCAUUAGAAUUGAAAGCAAUUCCUGCAUUUGGUAUCGAUGGAUUUACCAAAUAUCUAAUGUCCCGAGAAUGCAAUAUAUUCGAUCCUGCCCAUGCAAAAGUUUGUCAAGACAUGACUCAACCUCUCUCACAUUAUUAUAUUGCUUCGUCUCAUAACACCUACCUCAUGGAAGACCAACUUUCUGGUCCGAGCAAUGUCGGUGCCUACAUUCGUGCAUUGUUAAGGUGCUGCAGAUGUAUUGAAUUAGAUUGUUGGGAUGGACCAGAAGGAAGACCUGUCAUAAAGCAUGGUCAUACACAAUCCAACAGCAUAAGUUUCGAGCAAACAAUCGAAGCGAUUAAAGAAUGCAGUUUCAAAAAUUCUCCGUAUCCUGUCAUACUCUGCAUUGAAAACCACUGUUCAAUAGAGCAACAAAAAGUAAUGGCCUCUGUCCUGAAAUCUAUCCUCGGUGACCAAAUAUAUACAGCGCCACCUACAAGUGAUACAGACUAUCUUCCUUCUCCUGAUUCGCUGAGAAAUAAAUUUUUGAUAAAAGGCAAAAAACUUCCUCCUGACUUGGAAGGAGAUGAAGGUGAAGUCAGUGGCGAAGAUGAAGGAGCUGAAAUAAAUGAAAAGGUUCCACCAUCACCUGUAAAAUCACCAUUUUCUAUCGGACCUGGAAUUUUAUUGAGUAGGAAGAGAAUAGAAGAAGAUGAAGAAGAAGAAAUCAAACCCAAACAAAAAUUAUGUCGAGAACUUUCUGAUCUUGUGUCAUUAUGUGUCAGUGUUCGAAUGUCUGACAACGAUUUAUUAUUUGUUCACAGUAAAUCAAGGAAGUUUUAUGAAAUCACAUCUAUGCAUGAAAGAACAGCAACUCAACUCUCUAAUAAUUCACCAGAAGAAUUUGUCAACUUCAAUAAAAAAUUUCUUACCAGAGUUCAUCCAAGUGCAGUACGUGUUGAUUCAAGUAAUUUCAAUCCACAGGAUUAUUGGAAUUGUGGAGUUCAAAUUGCAUCUCUCAAUUAUCAGACUCCAGGUUUGAUGAUGGACAUCAAUGAUGGCAGAUUUGCAAUGAAUGGUGGUUGUGGUUAUGUUCUCAAACCAACGAUAAUGAGGGAAGAGGUCGCAUACUUCAGUGCACAACAGAACGAUGUCAUACCUAGUGUUGCACCUAAAAUUCUUCAUCUACGAAUUAUCAGUGGUCAAGAAUUUCCCAAACCAAGGGGUGGUGGUGCCAAAGGUCAUGUAAUCGAUCCAUAUGUUCUGAUCGAACUUUUCGGGAUGAUGGGAGAUUGCAGCGAGCAGCGUACAAGAACAUCACAUGAUUGUGGAUCGGGAAAUUCAACAGCACUUUUCGAUGAAUCGUUCGAGUUUCGUUUAACUGUGCCUGAUCUGGCUCUUGUCCGUUUUGUCGUUCUCGAUGAUGAAUUUAUCGGGGAUGAAUUCAUAGGUCAAUAUACCAUUCCAUUUGAAUGUCUACGGCCGGGGUAUAGGCAUCUACGUUUGCGAUCUAUAUUUGAUGAACCACUCGACGAUGCAACAUUAUUCGUUCACAUCGCAGUAACAGACGGAAGUAUGCAACUAUCUCAUUCCAAUUCUAUGCCCAACAUGCCAAAUACCGUUAGCAGUCCGGGGCCGAUGCCACCAUCGAGCACGGGGUCUAUUUCAACUGGGUCUUUCAAAUUAUCGAAGAAACGAUCGUCGUCGUCUGGAGCACUACUUAAACAGAACAAAAAAGCUCAGCAACAACAACAAGCGAGGAGGGAACGUGCCGCAGCAAUGCGAAUUGUCGGAGUCAAAAAAAUUGACGAAACGUUCCAAACUGCAUCACCUGCACUCAGGGAUGCUGGUGAAAUGAAGGAAAAUUUACAUCAAUCUCUAUGUUUUUUUAAGGAGGUUUGUGGCCUUCCUGCUUUGAGUUCAGUAAAACAAUGCAUCAGAAAUCUUGCACUCCGAGCAAAUUUGGAAUCGCAACAGAACAACGUCAGCAAUAAGAAAUUGUCUAGAAAAGCGAGUUUGGAUCAAAAUCCAAACUCAUAUUCUCCUGUUAACGGAAUCGGAUCGCAAGGAACUCCUAAAAUGCGAGACAAAAAUAAUUUCUCAAAAAUCGCCAGCAGGGGAUCGUCGGAAAGUCUGAAUUUAAAAACAGACGCUUCAGGGAAAUUUGCACUCAAAAUGGUUUUUAAAAAUAACUGCCCCACAAUGGAAAUUUAUAAUCUGGCUACCCAGCCUCCUUCAUCAAGUGAUAUGUGGAGAAAGGUGUUGGCAGGUUUCCAAUCCCUAGUCAAUGAUGCCAGAUAUGUUGUCGAUAAUGCAAACAAAUGUCAGGAAUCUUUGUCGCUUAUUCAUCAAGAAGCUCUCAAAUAUCAUGAAAAUUUGCCUUCACUUUUAAAUGUAACGGCGAGUGCUCUCUCUGAUCCAUCUCGCGUAACUGGUAGUCCUAGUUCCAAAAAACAAAAAAAGAAAGACAAAAAGCGUACACCAUCUGGAAUAAGUAUCAGUGGGAACGCAGAGUGGGAUUUUGCAUGGAAUUGUAGCGUCAUCAGAGGCCAUCUCGACAUUCUAAAAUCUGCUCAAAAAGAGGCAGCAACCAUACUCACUCACUUGAGAGAAGCGGGAUCCAAUUCUGGACUCGUCGGUGAUGAGGAUAUCACUAAAAUCCCCAUCAAAGAACAUGUACUCAGAAAAUCAGACUCAAAACUCUCUAAUUGCUCUGAUGCGAGUAGAGAUUCUACUCUCGCUGGUCAAGGAGAUGAAUUGAGCUCUGGUUCAGACUCAUCUUCACAACAAGGUAAAUCAGAGGAAAAAGACUCAAUUUCUUCAGCGAGUGUCACAGAGAGCAAAAACAUUAAUAAUAAUAAUCUGAGGGGUAGUGAGGAGGUUCCGUGCAAUUCAAGUUCUAGUGACUUUACAACAUCUUGUCCAGACGUUACCAAUAACAUAACAACGGCAAACAAAGAACAUCCACCUUUAAAUGGGAUAGAAUUUAUAACAUGUAAGAAAAAUGGCGAUAGCAAAAACUCAAACGAAUUUGUUCAAAAUUCAGAUUUGACCAAAAGUCAAAUUCCAGUGAUACCAACUAACAUAUCACAAUCUGGGGAAGCUAUGAAAACUAUCUCAGAAGAAAAACCAUCAUCCUUGACUAUACUGUGAUGCUUAUUAUUGUAUAGAAUUUUAAUUUCCGUCAGU